AAUGUGAUGGAUGAAUUAUCUGCCCGAGGCUGAGCUGAGGGAACGUCAAGCAGAAAUGCCGUGAUCACAAGGAUUAUUUUGGAUCUGUGGCGAGAGGACUGAAGAUAAUACAGAGGAUCAUAGGUUACACACAGUACCAGGAAUGUGUGCAGGAUGAGCAGCACAUUUGUCACAUUAGCAGAAGUACUGGAGGCACGAGGGGGACCUCUGCUGGAGGAGGAGGUCUGGUCCCUGCUCCUGGGCACUGCAGAAUCCUUAGUGGACGUCUACUACAAGGGUCACAACAAUAUGUGCAACAUCAUAAGCCCCACCUCCUUGCUGCUGUCAGCCACUGGCACCCUAGCGUUUAAGAACUGUGGCCUAUCAGACGACGUAUCGACCUUCACUGCUCCAGAGAUGCUGCAGGGCCGUGCCAGCUCAACCAAGCCUGCCACAGAGAGGAUGCUGGUGUAUUCACUGGGCAUGACUCUCUACUGGUCAGUGGACUUUCACCUACCUCAGAACCAGCCGGUCCAGCUGAGUGACCAUCUAAACAGCCUCCUGCUCAGCAUGUGUGAGGACCUGGCCCAUCGCAGAGUGAACCUCAGCUCCAUCCUGGAGGCCUGCGAGUGUCAGCAUAAAGCCGCCGUCCUGCCGCCGCCCGCCAAAGUCGUCCGGCAGCUGGUGGAGGAGGUCUUUCACGAAUCAGUGAGUCUAGACACCUUCCUACAGUGUGUUCCUGUCUGCAAGCAUCUCAGCUUCCCUCUGGGUCAUUGUAUGGACCAAGGCUCUCUGUCUGACACUAACGUCCCACUGAGCGGCAGGAGCCAGAUGAUCAGGGAGCGACUUCACCGAAAGAGGGGCCCGUUUUCAGACUUCAGUGAAGGGAGUGCUGAGGGGAGAAGAUACUCAACGGACUCAGACUCAAAGUCAGGGAGUUUACCUCAAAGACCUUGGAGACAAAGACCAAGGAGUUCCCCCACCCCGCUGUAUCAUUCUUCUUUAGACAGACUCCCUCGCGGGGUUCGUCACCGGGACAGCAACUCCAGCUGGCUCGGUCGGAGCCCACACCACGACACCUCUCCCAAGGCGUCAGGCAGGUCUCACAGUCCGUCCAUCACCUUCAGCGAGUCAUCGCUCAGCCUGAGUCAGAGGAAAGCUAAGGCGCUGGGUCCCGAGUUCGUCAGAAUGCCAGACGAACAGCAAAUAGUUCUGGAGCUUCCAGGAUCCAUUGUGUCCAAAAAGGGUCGUUCAUGUUCGUCUCAGAGAGAAGUGACCGUGGUGCUGCCUAAUGGGCAGUACGUGGUGGUUCGUUGUGACAUCAGGACCAGGUCAAGAGACGUGUUUGACAUGGUGGUGGCUCACGCUAACUUGGUGGAACACUUCUACUUUGGCCUGGCCUUCCUGGAUGAUGAUGAGUAUUUCUUUUUGGACCAUGAAACGAAAAUCUCCAAAGUUGCGCCUGACAGUUGGAAAAAAGGGCAGAUCUCCUCCUUCUUGGUGUUUCUUCGAGUCAAAUUCUUUGUCGAUGACAUCUGCUUUGUUCUGCACAGGCUAACCCGUCACCAGUACUACCUACAGCUUCGUAAGGAUAUACUGGAGGACAGGCUGUACUGUAACGAGGAGACCGGCCUGUUUUUGGCUGCUCUUGCUCUGCAGGCUGAGUUUGGAGAUUAUAUGCCUGAGCUGUAUGGGAAGAAUUAUUACCAGCCUGAACAUUACGUGUCCAAGAGGAUGCUAGAGAAGCUGGCCCUGCCCAGCAUCAAGGAGGAGCUACCAAGACUACAUACAAGUCAUGCCCAGAUGCUCCCUGAAGAGGCAGAGACCGAGUAUUUAAAGAUUGCCCAGCAGUUACCUGAGUAUGGAGUUAUGUUCCACCGUGUGGGAAGAGAGAGAAGACCACUGAUUGGAGAGCUGGUUCUGGGAGUAUGUGCCAACGGAAUCAUCAUAUACGAGACCAAAAACCACCUCCGCACUGUCACAAGACGCUUCCUCUGGAGGGAAACUGACUCCAUAUCCACAGGCCGGCGUAAACUGAUUAUCGAGUGCGGCGGCCCCAGCGGGAGGAAGCACAGCUUCGUGACAGAGAGCUCCAAAAUAGCGCAGUACCUCCUGAACCUCUGCUCAGCACAGCACAAGUUCCACAGCGAGAUGACGUCGCGACAACUCAACCACACGCUCAUACCUGACGAAAGCAUGGAGAAGUACAUGUCUGUGUACCUGGGCCGUAACCUGAACCUGAAGCGCAUGUCCUGCUCUGAGGGCAUGCUCAACCACGUGGGCGUGACGUCCGGCCAACCCGACUGUCUCUCCAAGUCCUGCGACGACCUGACUGCCAAACUGGAGGCCCGACUCCGCCAGCAGAGAGAGAUGAGGAGGGAGAUGAGCAGGGAGCUGAGCAAGGACGCGCCCGAAGCAGGGGGCCACAGGGACGUGAAGGACGGACAGUGCUGGAGCUCUCCAGAGCCGAUUCCCAGAAUGAUGUCCAGUGUUUCACUACAGAAGCAGGACUCUGAUGCCUCGUCCAGCAUUCGAGUUGAUACCCCGACCAGGACCCCACCAGAGAGAGAGAUAGUCUGCGUGACCUUGAAGAAAGACGCCAAACUUGGUUUUGGCUUCGUGAUAGUCGGAGAGGACAAUACUGGUAAACUUGAUCUUGGGAUCUUUAUUGCUUCCGUUGUCCCUGAUGGGCCUGCGGACAAAGAUGGACGGAUCAGACCCGGUGGGCGCCUCAUCUCCCUCAACAAGACCAGUUUGGAAGGAGUGACCUUCAGCGACGCCGCUGCCAUCUUACAGAGCAGCCCUGAAGAGGUGGAGCUCAUAGUGUCGCAGCCUAAACAGUCUCCUAAAGACAGGAAGGGGUCCCUGAGCACCCUCGGCAUGUCGUUGGACAAAAGCUUCGGCUCGCAGACCACCCUGAGUGGGACCGAGUACCGUCCAGCUGUGGAGGAACUGGAGGAGGCCAUCGCCCUGUCCAGCAUGACGACCCCGAAGCAGAGCCGGAGGUUUCACAUCCCCGUCGUACGGAUACACAACGCCCAGGAUGCAUGUUCCAGGUCACCCUCUGUUAUAAGUUUGAAAACAGGGGAGCGCUUUAACGUGGGGCUAAAGAAGCGCAGUGGCAGCCUGGGUGUCAGUGUUGCUGGAGGAAUAAACACUAAUAUGCGACAUGGAGGAGUUUACAUCAAGAGCCUGGUGCCUGGAGGAGCUGCAGAGCAGGACGGCCGCAUUCAGAUCGGUGACAGACUGCUGGAGGUUGAUGGGUCUAACCUGAGGGGCGUGACUCACCAACAAGCUGUUGAGUGCCUAAAGAGAACUGGGGAGGUGGUAAACCUGCUUCUGGAAAGGGAACCUACUGUAAUCCUGGAGCACAGACCCGACUCAACCUGCCCCCUUUUUACCCACCCACAGCCCCCGAGGACGGAGGUCUCCAUGGAAACGACCUUGACUGGUCGAGCCAAGGACUACAGCUUUGUGACUGAUGAAAACACUCACGAAGUGGUUCUGAAGAAGAGUUUGUCGGGCCUCGGCUUCAGCUUCUACAUCUCACAGCUGCACUCGGGGCCGGAUCGAGGCAGCGUGGUCCGCAUCAAGCGCCUGUUCCCGGGUCAGCCUGCGCUGGAGAGCGGCCUGCUGCGAGAGGGAGAUGUGAUCCUGUCUGUCAACAAAGAGCCUGUCAAGGACCUGUCCUACCAGAGGGUUUUGUUCCUGCUACGCGGCGCUCCAGCUGAAGUCCACCUGCUGAUCUGCCGACCAGGUCCUGGAGUCCUGUGCGACGCAGAUGACAACUCAUUGAGUCCCGCCUCGUUCCGCGAGUUCCGAUCCCGGUCUCUGGACAUCCGCCUAGGAGAGGACUACAGCCAGCUUCUGAAGUUUCAGCCUAACGCCAUACUUCCCCAGACACAAGUCCCCACACUAGAGGAGGAUGUGACCAAUGUGGACCCAGAACCUCCUCUUGCUGCUCCAGCGCUGCCAGAAUGCCAGGAGAGUGUAGACGGUGACGGCCAGGCCAACCACAGUCCCCCAUCACCCCUUCACUCACCCCCCUCACCCGCCUCACCUACAUCACCUCCGUCACCAGUCUCUCCAGCAUCGCCCGCCUCUCCAGUGUCGCCUGCCUCACCCGCCUCGCCCGCCUCACCUCCGCCUCCGCCAGCUCCUCUGGAGUCGCAGCCAGCUGCUAAACCACACGACAAACAGGAAGUAGAAGCAAAGAAGGCUGAAGAUGAAGAGGGGGAGGUUGAAAUAACAUCAAAUUCCACUGUGACGCUUAGAGACAUGUGUCCUAAGUCUGCUUCAAACCUUAUAUAUACCAGUGGAGUGAGAGAAGAAGCAGAUGGAAGUGUGACCUACAGCCUUGUGGGAAAUGGGCUGACUAUAACGGCCGAUGAGGAGUACCUGACUAUCAGCUCCACCCUGGAGCAUCCUCACAGCUUCGCCCCCAGUGUGGCCUCUCACAGCCAGGCAUCCACCCUCCCAGGCUUCAUGCCUCCGGCCCCUAACAUCUCACCGCUCGCCCCUUCAUCCGACGCCACGACCACUUGCUCCCUGGCCCACCCCUCCCAGCCACUCACCACACAGCCUCCCAAAUCCCAGCGCCUCCCUAUCCAGCAGGGGCUUCUUCCCAGCCACUACAAACUCAUGUCCCGGAGCAUCCGGCCUGCGGCGCCGCCACCGCAGCCUCCUUCUCCGCCUCUGAGCCCCAUCACAGCUCAGGUCAUAUCUUCUGUGCCUCCCUGUGCCAGUGCGUCCACCUCGAUGCUGCCGCCUACAGUGCUACAGUCCCCUCCUGCCCAGUGCCACAUAAAACUUAGGGAGGAGCCCCAGGAGAGGGAAAGGGAAUACAGGGAUGAUGCCAAGGAUGAUGACGACGAGUAUGAUGAGGAAGAAGAAGAGAGUCGAAGAAAAGGAAUUGUUAAAGAGUUCGAGCUCACGGUGUUUCUGACCAAGUCCAGGAGCGGAAGCUUCGGGUUCACCAUCGCUCGAAGCAAACUGGACAACUGCUACUACAUCCAGGAAAUACUGGACAACCCAGCCAAGUCCGAUGGACGGCUCAGGGCCGGAGACAGACUCAUCACGGUGAAUGGGCACGACGUCACGAGCGUGGCGGAUGACGCCGCCAUGACGAUCCUCAGAUCGUCUCCCAGAAGACUGAACAUGACCCUGGGGAGGGCGGUGUCGAACCUGGUGGCCCCGCCUCCCUGCGACAGCCUGCCAGAUGUUGUGCUCUAUAAGACGCCCUCAGGCCAACUCGGUAUCAAGCUGACAGGAGGCAUUGGCAGCAAGUGGCAGGGCAUCUACUGUCUGGAGGUGGUCCCAGGCUCCCCAGCCAGCGAGGAGGGCAGCGUCCAACCCAACGAUAAGAUCCUGUACAUCUGUGGGAGGUGCACCCUGGGCAUGACGCUAGAGGACGCGGUCAAGGCCUGCGAGAUCGCCCCUCGCAAGGUUAAACUCAAAAUCAUCAGAGACGACCAGCCAGUGACGCCCAAAGCAAAGUGGAACGGCCUGUUCGACUGGAAAAAGGACAGGAAGUUCUUCGCUCGCUUUGAAGAGCCUGUCUCUCCGGACAAAGAGUCGCCUCCUGAAGAUGUGGAAGCUGCGUGCAGGGCUGCUGCUAAAUUCAGAUGUCUCUCUCUCACCCAAGACCACAACAGCUGCAUCAUGCAAGUGGAGUUCACGAAGCCUGAGGGUGCGGGGCUUGGCUUCGCGUUGGUCGGGGGAACCAAUGGCAGCAUCCUCAGAGUGAGGGAGAUCUGCUCGGGUGGAGUAGCUGAGCAGGACGGUCGGCUGAGAGUGGGAGAUAUUCUACUAGAGGUGAACGGUGUGAUUGUGUCCGGCCUGAGCCACAGCAAGGUGGUGGACAUCCUGCGCAGGGCCGAGGGCACGGUGCAACUCACCAUCUGCAGGGACAUCCUGCCGCUCACCUACUCGGAAACGCCCACGCCGCCCAACAUGUCCGCCCAGACCGAAGCUAUUUUAGCCGAGCAGCCGGCUCCCGCGUCCUCCCCUGACGCCCGCUCCUCCCCUGACGUCACGCUGGGCAGACCCUCCGAGCCCGCAGAAGCAACUUCAGAGCAUGUGGUUAAUGAAACAGCUGUUGUUCUGACGUCACCACCUCCGCAACACAGGCUGACCACUGUAACAGACGAGACUCUGGAGAAACAGGAGAGCUGUAACAGCACCCCUUCUCAUCAAGCUUGCUGCCCAUCUUUAAGUGUCACUGACAUGUUGCAUGGAGCUUCUGACAGGAAACAAAUUGUGACCAAACUUUUGGACCAGUCCUGCAAAGACAAGCGGAAAACCCAGUCAGACGGCUGGAGCAGCGAAGAAGAGGAUGACGACGUGUUUGACAGCACCCGCCAGGAAACGACCUCACCGCAAACAGGUCCACCUAUAAUUUCAGAGGAGGAACUGUCCAAAUUAACUCUCAUUAGCCCGGCUAGGACCAGCCAGUACUCGGGUUCCAGGGUCAAGGCUCUGAUCCAGAUUCUGCAGCAUCAACUGGACCAGCAGGAACUGGUCAAAGAGUUUAUGGCCCUGGAGCAUUUGAAGCCGUCUGACAACUGUGUGGUGGGAAAAGCCCCAGAGAACAGAGAUAAGAACCGCUACAGAGACAUCCUACCCUAUGAUGAAACCCGGGUUCCCAUCGGAGACGAGCAGGACUACAUCAAUGCCAGCUACAUCCGCAUGCAGGCUGGCGAUGAUAAGUUCUUCUACAUCUCCUGCCAGGGCCCUCUGCCUUCCACAGUGCCGGCCUUCUGGCAGAUGGUCUGGGAGAACAAAUCGGACGUCAUAGCCAUGAUGACCCAGGAAGUGGAGCGCGGACGCAUCAAAUGUCACGUGUACUGGCCAGAGAGGCUGGGCGUUCCCCUGGAUACCGGCAGGUACAAGGUUCACCUGGAAAAGCGGCAGCACCUGGAGCACUUCCACAUCAAGGUUAUCCGCAUGGUGGAGACGGAGACGGGCGAGACCCACUUCGUCCACCACCUGAAGUUCACACACUGGCCCGACCACGGCGUGCCGCAGUGCUCUGAGCAGCUGGUCCGCUUCAUCCGCUACCUGAGGACCGUGCACCACAGGGGGCCGCUCACCGUGCACUGCAGCGCCGGCAUCGGACGCACGGGGGUUCUCAUCUGCACCGACGUCAUCCUCAACCUCAUCGAGUUCGACCUGCCCAUCAAUGUGAGCGACAUUGUGAAGGAGAUGAGACUUCAGCGCCACGGCAUGAUUCAAACCAAGGAACAGUACCUCUUCUGCUACAAAGUCUGGCUGGAGGUGUUACAGGGCAUUUUACAGCUUCAUGGCAACCAAUGGCAGCCGGAAAGUCCCCGAGAACACAAAGUGGUUUGAAUGUUCCCACCUGCACCGCCCACCACCUGUAAAGCUGCGUGCAGUGUAUCAGACCGGUGGUAACUUCUCUUUGGCUAGCGUGUGUUUAUGUGGCUAUAGUACGAGCCCUGUCCUCCUUUCUUUUUAUACUUUAGUGCUGAACGUUUUUGUUCUGACAUGCUGUUGGUGCGGAGUUUAUGUAAUUUUCAUUAGAUCCGCCUCCUCAGGCUUAGUGCUUUGCCUUCAUCUACAGUAGCAUCUUUUUUUAUUUUCUGUCACUAUUUUGAAUAUCUUUUCAUUGGCAAAUUGCAUUUAUUUUAUUAUUAUUAUUUUAUUGCAUGGAUUUGAAAUAAUAUUCACAUCUUUUGCUUGCAUGUGCUGUCACUACUGUCAUCGACGUGCACAAGUGUAUCAUCAUCCUGAGAGUGGUAUAAUUUUACAUUGGCCGAUUAACAUUAUUGAUUUUCUAACUUUAACAUUCGGGGGAAAUGAAAAGAAUCAAGUGCCUUGGAAUGAGUUCCACCACUUGCACCAUUAUGACCCAGAUUGAAUGUGCGAUUGUGCUCUGAGGUGGACGUUUGGUUGAUCCCGACCAGGACAGGAUUACAUCUCAACCUUAGCUCGUUCAGUUGCAGCUUCGAAACGACGUAACUUUCUGCAGAGCUUGUCAGUCUCAUUUCGGUUGUGGGCCCAUUUUCUACGAAGUGUCACAGUGAAAGUUCUUCUACACUUAUUCACAAGCUGCACACGCCGAUGCAGAUAAACGAUGGCUCAACAUGACAAAUUUAACAAUACCGGAAUAAUUGAAUAAGGCAUUAACAUUGAGAAUUAUCAGUAUUUUCUAAUGUACACAAAUGAUUUACUGUAAUGUCAUUUGAAUAAUUAGAUGCAAUUUGCUAUGUGACACCAUCCUUUAUCUGUAUUCAUAGCUGUUUUAAUACAAAUUUAGCCAAAAAUGCAAAAAAUAUGAGGUUUACAAACUUCCAUUUUGUCACUAUAGAUGUAUAUGAUGUACAAAGCAAGGCCACCAAGUCAACCUCUGGAUGUAACUGCUCGUAAGCUUUAUUCUGUUCCGCUGCUACACCACACACCAGCUGCCGUAAUGCAUGCCGACUGUUAAAGUGCAGGCGUUUGACGUGGAAUGUAACAAAGCAAUACUCUGGGCGAGGAGGUGGGUCUGAAUGAGGGGGCCUCGCACCCAGUGACAGCUUCCUGACUGUCCGGAGCAUGUUGGCAAGAUAUAUGCAGUACUGUACCUUUUCUCGAGGGUGGCCACGCGGAGCCGCCCGCCUCUGUCCUUUGAAUGCGCCGCCAUCUCCCUCGGCGAGGACGCCGCCGCCUUCUCUCUGAGGCCGUUGCUGCUGUGGCUUCUCCUCAGAGCUUGCAGCGAAAAAGACUCUUGGAAGGAGCAAACACAAGCACACGCUGUGUUCAUCUGUGAAAACGCACCUUGUACAGUCAGGCAAGUGCUUAUGCAACAGUAUUGUGAGAUGUAAUAACCCUUAAUUGCUAAAUGAAUAUAUUGUCAGUAUGUAACCCUGACCAUGUAAUACCUCUCUCUUUAAUUAAAAACAAUUCUGACUCUU